AUGCUAGAAAAAGUUCAGUUUUUAACUGCUCUUGGGAUAUAUAAACCAGAAUUAAGAGAUGAACUGUAUUGUCAACUCUGUAAACAACUUUCCAGUAACCCAUCUAAGAACAGUACCAUCAGAGGUUGGGUACUGAUGCAAUUACUGGCCGCCAGUUUUACACCAACUGAACAUUUUGCUGCCUGUUUGAAAGGAUUUUUAAGAGAAGGUCCACGUGAAUUAGCCAAUAAAGUAGACAGACUGAUCAGAAGAACGGGUUCUGUUGGAACUAGAGGUUUCCCACCAAGCUGGUUAGAAUUUCAGGCAGCGAAGAAUGGUAAACCAAUUUUACUUCCAAUAAGUUUUAUGACUGGACAACGAUACCUUGUAGAAGUUGAUGCUUCUUCCACAGUAAAAGAAUUGAGUUAUAAUGUCUGUGUCAAGCAUAAUAUAACUGAUGAUGUCGGCUUCUCUGUUUAUAUAUCUAUACAUAAUAAGAUAUCUUGUCUCGGAAAUGGUCAAUUAAGAAUUAUGGAUGCCAUCUCAGAAUGUGAACAACAUACAAGAAAGUUAGGAAUGAGAGAGAGUAAUUCUAGCUGGAGAUUGUUCUAUAGAAAAGAGUACUUUACGCCCUGGCACAAUGCUACAUUAGAUGUAACUGGUACUAAUCUGGUGUAUCAACAGAUAAUGAGGGGAAUUUCACUUGGGGAAUAUGAAUGCGAUAAGGAAAAUGUAUUGGUCCUUCUAGCUGCACAGAAAUAUUACUUAGAAUAUCCCCCUGGUGUAGAUGAUAAGAAAUUAGACUUAAUGUUAAGAUCUUGGCUUCCACAAGACAGCAAAUAUAAAAAUAGUAUGGAGGAAUGGACAAACAAGGUGAAAGAUGCCAUCAAAAACAAUUUUGAAGAAAAGCAACCAACGCCUCACCAGCUGAAAGUCGACAUUGUAACGUUUGCUCUAGAAAAAUGGUGUUUGUUGUUUUCACGCUUUUAUGAUGUGUCAAGAUAUGCCGGGCCGGUUGAAGCAUUAAGUAAUGUUGUUAUGGCUAUAAAUUCAAGUGGUGUACAUAUACUUGAUGAAACUGAAAAUGUUCGUUCUACUGUAAAUUAUAUAGAAAUUUCUGGUUUAUCGAAAUGGAGACACUCUGUGACCAUAAAUACAGUGAAAAAUGAGAGUUUUGUUGUAACAUCUCAACAUUCUGAUGAUAUGUAUCAAUUACUCAGUACAUUUUAUGAUGGUUUAAAAGAUCAGUCAACCUAUGCUCUGGUUAUUCAAGAUGCUGCUGAAUACGGUGCAGUUGAUAUGACUCUAUCGAAAGGAGAUCUAGUAAUACUAGACAAGGCCAAUAAAGAGUAUGAUGGUUGUGAUAUCUUUUCUGUAACCUGUCCUCGAACCAGUAAAUCUGGCCAACUUCCACGUGGCAUAUUAUAUAUAUUACCCUCAGUCCAAAAACCAAAUACAAGCAUCAUGACAAUGAUGACGUCCCAGCUAAAGAAAGAUGUCAUGCCAUUUUGUUCUGAGGAUGGUAACAAACAGCAUACCCUGGCACUGUUUGCUCGCUACCACUUUAGGCAAAGUAAUGAAAAUGCAGUUAGUAAACUAUUGUCUAAAGCUUCAUUUAAAAAAGAGAAAUCGGAUUUAUUAUGGCAGUACAGUAGAGAAGUAUCUAAGAAACCAUUUUUAAAGAAAUCAUUUCUAAAAGAAGAUCAUUUUUUUAAUUUAACAUUCCUUAACUCUAUAUUACCAAUACAACAAUUUAUGGGUGAUGUCCCGGCACCGGAAACACAAACUGUAACAGAAGUUGUUAACGAGAAUGUUAUAGAUCAAGUCAGUAGAAAUAGAUAUCUACGAGAGGAGAUCUUUUGUCAGAUGAUUAAACAGUUAACAAACAACCCAAAUAAAAUAAGUUGUGAUAGAGGCUAUCAACUGCUGUAUUUUAUUUGUGGUGCAGCUCUACCUAGUUAUGAAAUACAACAAGAACUUCUCCGAUUUUUACAUACCAGUAAACAUUUCAUGGCUAAACAUUGUAUUCAAAGACUACAUAGUGCUAAAAAAUGUGGUUGCCGUUUACAUCCACCUCAUCCAGUAGAAUAUGAGGCUAUCAGCAACACCCAGUUUACUAUACCUGUUGACGUGUUCUUGCCAGAUGGUACUAAACAGACAGUAGCUGUUAGUACUGAUACCAGAGUAAGAGAUAUAACUAAACAUAUUGGUGUCAAAUUAAAACUACAAUAUGUCGACGAAUAUUCUUUAUUUAUAACAGUAGCCAAUGGAAUUCAUGCAAUGGCUUGGGAUCAUUUUUACUAUGAUGGUAUUUCUCAUGCCGAGAUAUUCAGUUUACGACCUCGACCAGACACUCCGUUGCCGAAAACAGGAAUAUGUAUUGUUAUGUUAAGGAAGUUAUGGGUAAACACACAGAGUGGGGAUAACAAAUCAGCCGAUUUCCACUUUCAUUACCCACAGGAGUUACAGAAUUAUCUUCAAGGAUAUCUGAAAUGUACAGACGCAGCUGUUAUACAAUUUGCAGCAUUGGCGUAUAGGGCUAAAUAUGGUGAUGAUAACACACAAUUUACAAACUUCGGCAAAAUUGCUACAUCAAUAAUCCCAAGACAUUUAUUAUCAUCAAGCCCAGCUGGAGAUUGGGUUCAGCAUAUAUCUGAUGAAUAUAAGAAGUCUAAAGGUCUGACGUCUGACGAUGCCAUGACAGAAUUUUUAAAACAGACAGAAAAAUAUCCAACAUAUGGCUCUGUGUUUUUUGAAGUAAAGCAAAGAAGCUCCAAGACAUUACCAAAAGAAAUGUUACUCGCAAUAAAUUCUAAAGGUGUUCAUUUAUUACACAAGUCCACAAAGGAGUUGAUUGUAACCCAUCCGUUUGCCAACAUACCAAAUUGGGCUUAUGAUGAAAAUUCAUUUACAAUCAUGUUACAAGAGAAACAAGAAUCGAGACAUAUUUUGUUAGAAACCAGAGUUGGUCACAAUAUAGAUGAUUUAAUUAUGUCCUAUAUCAGCUUCUUAAUGAAUAUACAGAUGAGUAAAAAGACAAGUUUUAGUGCUGCUGUUGGUGAAAGCUUGUGUUAA